AUGUCGGCCGCGAGAUGCUAUAUGACAAGCUGCGAUCUAUUAAUUGAAUAUGCAUGCUACUGCACCUCUCCACCAACUUACUCUUGCAGUUCUCACUGAGCAAGUCAUUGCAGGCUAACUGGCAGGUCUCAUAGGUUUGAUUCAUUUUUCUUACCUCAUUUCGAAGAAACUAAAGCAGCACUUCUAAAGUUUCUUACAAAAGAAAAGUCAAAAAAAGACAGAUUGAAGAAAAAGGCAAUAAAAGCUUUCAACAAUUCGCUUUCGAAUUCAGAAAUUCAAUUCAGAAAAUUUGUGAAGACUUUGGAUUCAGACUCAACAAAAAUAGACGACUAUUUCGAAAAGAUUUCCAUAUCUGAAAGAACUUGAAAUUUAGAGCAAGAUCCGUUUUUGAAUCUUUUGACUUUAGACCCUAAUGAUACUAUGAAGAAGGCUAAAACAAUAGUCCAAACAAGCACAGACUCAUAUGAAAAUGAGGAAUUACUUUGGGGUUUAAGUAAAGAAAUUGAAAAAUGGAUUGAAUGCUACAUUAAUGAUAGAUUUAAAAUCUUUUUAGACAGACUUUCAGAAUUAGAAAAAAUUGUUUCUAAAUUGAAUAAAAAUGACCAGCUAGAUGAAGUAGCUAAAUAUAUUUUUGAUUUAAUUAGAAAUGUCAAGAAAAGUAAAGAAGAACUUGAGGAUAAGAAGCAAGAUCUUAGUCCCUCCCUUUAAUUGGAGCAAAAAUCCUACUCAAUUUAAAUAUGGCUAAUUUUUUUUACAUUUUAUUUUAAUUUUAAAAUUAAAAAAAAAUAUGGGUAAGGUCUAAUGAUUUGUACUUUUAAUAGUGUGUAUUUCAUUUGAAGAAGAUUUGGUCUAAAAUUUUUAAAUAGUGUAGAAAUUUAACAAAUUUUUCGGUUAAAUAUCUCACUAUAAAAGAUGCUUUGAAUAAAAUUUUCCCCGAGGAAACGCCGCAAUGUCAAAAAUAUACAGCCAUUUGAUAUGGCCACCACAAAACCAAGUAAAGCCUGGCCAUACUCAUUACGAACGCCAAAACUCCCUUCCACAAGGUGCUUGGGUCUCCCUAGCUGCAGGUGCUAUGAGGUUGGUUGGCUCGCCUUGCUAUUUUUAUCUAUUGCAUACGUGUCAGAUUUUGUAGCUACCCACCCCAUAAUUCAUAUAAUUACUACUAUUUUUUCCUUAAAUUUACUAUUAAAUUACACAUAGACUUUCUCUUGGUUUUUGCUAAACUCUAUAGCAGCCUGUAUUUUUAUGUUUUAAUGCUUUCGGUGUCUCUAAAGACCUCACUCCUUAAUUUAAUUAAAUUGCAUGAGUCCAAUUUAAAGGAGCGGAGUUAAAAAAAAAAUUAUCAAAGUCAUUCUCAGAAGAGAGCUCCUGAAAUUUUAAAUCCUAAUCCUACAGGAACACAAAUCCAAGCAAGAAGUAAAUCAAUUAUUCAAGAAUUAAUAAAGAAAAAAUCUGAAAUUUUAAAUAAGAUAAACGACCCAUGGACUGAGCAAGAUUUCAGGAAAACAUGUGCAUUAUAUGAGCAUGACAAAAAUCUUACUGGCUCUAAUUCCCAAUUUUUCAAGGCUUAUCAGGAGUAUAAAAGAGCUUAUAAUCAAACUUCGUCAAUUUAUCUGACUCGAGAUAAUUCUAAAACGACUUCUUUGUUUGUUUAUAACACUGAAACUGAAAAAGAAGAAAAUAGAUUGUUACAUUUUCCAAACUCAUUAAAUUCUGGGACAUGUAUAGCCCAAAUUCCAAACGGAGAGCUAUUUUGUUUUGGCAAAGCUGAUCCAGUUUCUGGGACUGCACUGAUAAUAGAUGGGGAUUAUAAUGUUAGAAUGCUGCCAUCAUGAUUAUCUUGUAGCAAUUCAUCCGCUAUUUAUUUCAAUAGAAAUAUUUAUUGCUUUGGAGGAUUUAAUGAAAAUGACUUAACUCUAUCAGGGAGAUUUGACCUGGAAAAAAAUCGAUGGACUCAAUUGCAAGCGCUGCCAGAGCCUGAUAGCUGUUGCCAUACUUUAAUUUUUAAUGGAGAUAUUUUGAUUUCUGGGUACAGAAGUGCACAUCUAUUGAAAUAUUCGAUUUCUAGCAGUUCCUUCACAGAAAUCCGUAAAACUUUUGCAGCAUGCAAAAAUAAAAUCCUAAUGAAUUUAGAUAGGCUAUAUCUGAUUGAAUGUGGAGGGCUUAUUUAUGAGAGCGAAAUAGGAAAUGAGACUAUAUGGAAGCAGAUUACGUAUUCAAUAAUAGACUAUGAUAAUCCUUUGCAAGUGUACUGCUCUUAUAAUAAAGGCUCUAUAUAUAUUGGAAGCAAUUACAAUGGGCAGCACUACUACUAUAAAUUUGAUUUGAGUCAAAAAGAGAUGAUUAAAAUUCAGUAA